CUCGUUUUCGAGGCGUUCCCCACUGGAGAACAUUUAAAGGAAACAACACAAAAUAAACACAAAAGAGCAGUAAAAUAGCCUAUAUUAGAUUAUGAUACCGUCUGUACUAAUAACGGCUUAUGUUCUGAUUAUUUAUUUGCACAAAAUCUUCUAAUAGGGUAAUGUAAACAAUGCAUGAAUCGUUGAAUGUGAUGAUAUGCGCGCGUCAGAGCAGAGUGCAUCUGGAGCAGAAACUGACACGCGCAUGCGUCCGGGAGGAGAAGCUGAGCGCCGGACAGAUAAUGCGCGCGUGAACGAGAGCCGGUGUUAGUCUUUUCUGGACACCAAUGGUGAAGAGCUCAUGGGCUCUGAAUUGGUGGAGAUGGGAAAACGUCCACCGGAGAAUGAUGAAAACACCACCGGAGUGCAGAAUACCGGCCCCGACGCUCACACGUCGGGAAGUGUGAGCACUCAAACCCUCGGCUCGUUUAAUGCUCCCUCAAACGCCUGUUGCUUCUGCUGGUGCUGCUGCUGCAGCUGCUCCUGUCUUACAGUACGCUCUGCUAAGGAGGAAAGAAUUAUGACAACGAUCUCAGAAGAACAAGAGGAGGCUGAUAUCAACCAGAUGCCUCAGCUCACUCUGGAGGAGGUUCGCGCAUGGGGAGAGUCAUUUGAGCGCUUAAUAAAAAGUGCACAAGGUCGUGCACACUUCCAACAGUUUCUGAAGACUGAGUUUAGUGAAGAAAACCUGAACUUCUGGCUCGUCUGUGAGAGUCUAAAGAAAGAGACCAACAAAACCACGGUAGAACAGACUGUGAAACAAAUAUUUGAGGACUACGUCUCUGUAUUGUCACCUAAAGAGGUGAGUCUGGACUCACGUGUGCGAGAAGUGAUCAACAGCAACAUGCAGGAACCCUCAUCAUGCACGUUUGACGAGGCACAGCAGCAGAUCUACAUGCUCAUGCAGCGAGACUCCUACCCACGAUACAUGAACUCCAGCAUGUACGCAGAACUCAUACAGAGCCUUGAAGAGCCCACUGAGUCCUAACAUAAACACAUGAAUGUACAAAAUUCAGACACAGGCCUAACACACUUCCCUGUAGACCUGGUAGAUCCCUUUGGCCCUGUUUACACGUACCUUUCAUCCCAGGUGAUCGGGUCGGCCAAGUCAGAUCGGCAUGCGCAUCUGGUAUUUACACGAUUCUCGAAUGCAUCUCCCUUGACUAGUUGUUAUUGAGUUUAGUUGACAGAAGGGUCUCCGAUUAUGUGCUACAUACAUCAUAGUUACAGC